UUUAAGGAAAGGUUUGCAAGUUCAAAAUCUAUUUAGCACCUUGGCGAUUGUAAUUAGCACGACAGAUAACGAUUCGAACUCCUGGAUAUAGUAUUGGAAAAUUUGCCUUUGUGGAGGACUUUUUUAAAGGAACUAACCUACAUUUGCGUCACAUGGAGAGGAAAACUACGAAAUCCUCUCAGGGUUAGUCUAGCUGCAAGGGACUCUUACCAUGAUCCGUCUACCACUGGGGAUGUAUUGCGUCAGCAUUGUGGUCCGUGCGUAAUUCUUUUCGAUCAGGAAUCAUUGGGAUUCAAACCCGGUUCACCUCAUUGGAAGGCAAAAGCUCUAUCCUCUGAGCCAUUGUGGCUCAACUUACAGAAAUGUGAGAAAAUAAUGUGUGCAGCCUAUGAAUGAGAGUGACGGAGAGUCAGCUACUGAGAGCACAAAACUGAUGACUUCCUUUUUGAACAGCCAGUAUUCCAAGACUGAUAGUAGUCUCCAGUCCAUUUUAGCACAAAACGAUAAAAUGCCGCAGUCCGCUUCAGAUCCUUCUAUUCCUAGACGAACUGAAAUGUACUCACCGGUAAGAAAUGAACCUAAUGGGCCAGCAGAUAUUGAAGUGAAUUUUCAAGAUGGAGAUAUGAAUUGUCCACUAUCAAGUUCUCCUCCUUGUGAAGGAAACGCUGGAGAAAUACCCUCAUCAAGAUUUAACAGAUCUAAUCUUCAGUCUUGGGAAGAUGAGGAAGAAGAAGAAUUGAAGUAUGGGGCCAAACAUGUCAUUAAACUUUUCAUUCCUGUUUCCCUCUGCAUGUUGGUUGUUGUGGCUACAACUAGCUCCAUUACUUUCUAUACCCACACAAAUACUUACUUAGUUUAUACACCUUUUACGGAUCAGACUGUAGACACGCCUACUAAAGUUUGGCAAUCUUUUGCAAAUGCAUUCAUUCUGAUGGGAGUGAUUGUAUGCAUGACGAUUCUGUUGAUUCUUCUCUACAAAUUCCGGUGGUACAAGGUGAUCCACGGCUGGCUAAUUCUAUCUUCUCUGAUGCUAUUGUUCCUAUUUGCUUACAUUUAUCUUGGUGAGGUGUUAAGGGCGUAUAACAUUCCAAUGGAUUACAUUACUGUUGCCAUAAUUAUGUACAAUUUUGGUGUUGUUGGAAUGAUUUGCAUACACUGGAAGGGACCCCUGCUUCUGCAACAGGCCUAUCUCAUCCUUGUUUCUGCUUUGAUGGCUUUAGUUUUCAUUAAAUAUUUACCUAAUUGGACUGCAUGGGUUGUACUCGGAGUGAUAUCGAUAUGGGAUUUAAUUGCAGUUUUGUGUCCCAAAGGACCCUUAAGAAUUUUGGUUGAAACUGCACAAGAAAGAAAUGAACCCAUUUUUCCUGCACUGAUAUAUUCUUCUGCUAUGGCUUGGAUCGUCAAUAUGAGUGACACAGAUCGCUCUAACCAAGGCAAAAAUCAUUCUAGCAAUCAUGUUAAUUCAUCAGAAAAUACUGAUGGUCUGAGUGAUGCUCCUGAAGAAAAUGGUCCCCAUAAUUUAGGAGGAGCGGAGACUUCGCCUGAAGGAAGACCACUUGGAGCGGGUGGGUGGUCUUCUCAAAACAGAAGUCAGUCUCUGCCUACUCGGUUGCCAUCUCAGUGUGAAGGUCACGAAGAAGAGGAACGUGGUGUGAAACUAGGUUUGGGAGAUUUUAUAUUUUAUAGCGUGUUAGUGGGAAAAGCAUCCUCUUAUGGUGAUUGGAAUACAACAUUAGCCUGCUUUGUCGCAAUAUUAAUUGGUUUGUGCCUGACUUUGUUGCUGCUGGCAAUUUUCAAGAAGGCUUUACCAGCUCUACCCAUUUCCAUCACAUUCGGGCUCAUCUUCUACUUCACAACCAGUUCCUUGGUUCAACCGUUUGCCGACAGCCUCGCAAGUGAACAAAUUUAUAUCUAGUAUUCCAAAACUUUCACCCCUGUGAUGUGUACAUUUUCACCAUUUUGUGUGCUUAAAUUAUUCUAUGUGUGUAAUUGAAACAGGGUUGCCACUCCACCGGGAAAACCAGGAAAAUACAGGGAAUUAAAAAAUAAACUAAAAUAAUAGGAAAAAUGCCGGGAAUUUUGAUUUUUUUUUUCUUUGCAAACUGGGAAAAUGCAAGGUAAUUUUGUUUCUCAUUUUCAUCUUUUAAAAGAGGGUGGGCACUCAAAAUUUUAUCUAUGGGGUAUUUAAGGAUGAUAUUCCAACUAUACUAAACUAUUUCAUUUACUAUAUCAUUAUUAAGUAUGUUUCUUUUUUUCUCUAAGUUUCCCCAGCAAUUAAAACUAUAGCCCAAUAUAGUUCACACAAGAGCACAGUUAUUGUGUUUCCUCUUAAUAUAUUGUGUAUAAUAAAUAUGUACAUGGAAAACACAUGUUUCCAGAUUUAAGUAGCAGCCCUGUAAAAACCUUUUUAUCUGUAUAAUUAGAAGGAUUUUAUGUGUAUAAUUUAUAGCUUUUUAUGUGAAUGUGGUGUGGAAAUGAAAUUGUUUUGAAGUCUAUAUAAGCCAUUAUCAUUUGAUAGAAAUUGAUGUAUCUAUUAAAAGUCAUUUAAUAAUUUGAACCACUUUUAUCAAUUUGCUUAAAAUGUAGUUUGUAAUGAAAAAUUUUUUUUGUUUUCUUUUAAUUUGAAUAAAUUUCUUAUUUUUAUUGUAAUUUCGCUCUGUUUCUGUAAGCAAAAGCAUUGAAUUUUAAAUGAAUAUUUUGUUGGAUUCAUUUAAAAUUUUAUCCUUUUCUUGUUGUUGUUGUAUUCAUUAUAUUGUAAAACAGUGAUCACGACGACGUACCACAAAAGAAACUUUUUUUGUUCUCCCAUAGCUAAUUGAAAGUGUUGAAAGUUUGCAUUUCGAUAGUUUGAUUUUUUUUUCAGCAAUUGAAACUUUAUGGCUUACUGUAGGUUUGACGAAGCUAACUUUAUCUUAUAUUAGAAAGUAUUUCAUUCAGGUGGGGAAGAGAAAUUAGUAACUUAGGAUUAUGCAAUGGGGAAUUUCUCUUCCUCUACUUGUUUGCCUUUUGUUAUUUGGAAAUUUUUUUUCUCACUAAUUUAAACUUCAUGGCUCACUCUGUUUAUGCCUUUACUCACUUUUUCCUUAUUUCAAAUUUUAAUAUAGUUAUGAAGGUGAGUUAUGAAAGAGAAUUUGCAACAAAAGGUUUUUCCUGUGGUGUAGCGUCCUCUUAAUUGUUAUGAUUGUGCUGGGUGGCUACAAAUGGAGCAAUUUAUAAAAUCUGGAAAAAUUAUGAAAUUUCAAUUAGUUUCAGAUCAACACUUCUUUUUUUAAUCUAGUAAAGACAUUAUAAACAUGGUGCGUAGCAUUUUUCAAAAAUACUUAAAGGUGCUUUUUUAUUCGGGGUUUGUAAAAAGUGCUUAAUUUUUUAUUUGCUGUAUGAUUGUCAUUCUAAAUUACAAAAAAAAAAAAAAGAAAGAAAGAAAUGCAUGAUUCUCACAAUUUUCUCUGCAAUAUUUAUCAGAAACUAGUUAUUUUAUCAUAAUCAUGUAGUCUGUGAGAAUAUUUUUGAAUUUUAUUGAUUUUAUGUUUAUAAAUUAAUUUUUAUUACUGCACAGAUCUUAAUCAUGAUUUUUGUUUUUGUAAAGUGUUUAAAAAUAUUUUUUAAGUGCUUAAAGAGUACUAAAAAGGUUAAUUUUUGUUAAAAAAAUCUGGCUAGAGACCCUGGUUAAAGUGGCAAUGUGCACCUCCACCAUUAUUAUAAUUCUCUUGACCUUGAAAUUGUGAAACCUAAAUUUGUAUAACCCCUUUGGCCAACAACUGGCUGUUUAGGAAUGCUUUAUCUUACUCAGUUGUUCUUAAUUAUUUAAUUCUAACAAUUUUUACAGAAAGAAAAGAAGUCAUUGUAAAAAAUACUUUUAUUUAUAACAUUUAAGAUGAUAUGAUUACAAUUUCAUCAUAAGCAAACAUGUAAUUUAUGAUUUUUUUAAACACAUUUAGUAGUAUAAUUAAAAAAAUAAAAAACUCUAGUUUAAA